AUGGCGGAAGAUCUGGUGCUGGGUACGGCGAUCAGAGAUUGGGUGCUGAUACCCCUAUCGGUGGUGAUGGUUCUCAUUGGCAUCCUCCGCUACUUUGUUUCUAAGCUCAUGCGCUCCUCUCAACUUCCCGAUCCCAAGAUCGUCAAAGAGGGGCAAGUAAUUGUUCGGGCUCGGAAUUUGCGAGCUGCCGCUAAUUUUAUCCCUCCCAAGUCCUUCCGCUCACGUAGGGUUUAUUUCAGCAAUGAGGAAAAUGGAUUAUUGUUUGUCCCCAAGGGGCAGGCUCAAAAUGCUCAAGCUCAAAUGUUCUCUGACCCUAACAUGGCUAUGGAUAUGAUGAAGAAAAACCUCUCUAUGAUUAUACCUCAGACUCUCACUUUUGCAUGGGUCAACUUCUUCUUCUCUGGAUUUGUUGCAGCCAAAAUACCCUUCCCAUUGACUCAGAGGUUCAGAUCAAUGUUGCAGAAUGGAAUUGACCUUAGCACAGUUGAUGUGAGCUAUGUUAGUAGCCGUUCAUGGUAUUUCCUCAAUUUGUUUGGUUUGAGGGGUUUAUUUAGUCUGAUUCUAGGAGAGGAAAAUGCAAUGGAUGAUACGCAACGAAUGAUGCAGAUGAGUGGAUUUGGUUUUGAUCCAUCAAAGAGCCUGGGUGCUGAGAAAGAUGGUCUUGACAUUGUACAACAUGAGUGGGCACUCCCUAAAUUUGAGCAUCGGGCUGAAGCGGUGUUGAAAAAACUAAUCAGGUGAACACCAGUGGAACAUAUUAACAGCUCUCAGAAGAGGUUGGUUGAGGUGAAGUUUCCCUAACAGAUGAAAUACCUUGAGAAACCCUGUUUUUAGGAUUUAGAAGCAAUAAGAAGAUUUGCAUCAUAAAUUUUUAUGGCUUAGUAAUAUAUAGGGAAGCCUUCUUUGUCAACCUACCAUGGGGGAUGACUUAUGUUUGUACUCUCAGUUUCUAGUAACCGUCAUCAUGUUGUCUGAAUUAUUUGAAGACCCAAAUCAGUAGUACUGCAUUCGGCUGACUUUUAUACUGGUGAUCCCAAACUUUGCAAUAUCUUGCUGGUCCAUAACCUGUCAAAGGCUCACUUAAUCGCGAGCAGAAACCUUUAACCUGCCCCGGUUCUUA